AUGACGGGCUGUCCUGGCCAACUACGCAAGAAACAUAAAGCCAAAGAGAGAAAAAAUAGGAGGGAUAAAGUCCUCACCACUUCACCAGGUCUGAAGGUCCAAAAGAGGAUUCAUACUGAAGAGAAGCUGUACAGCUGUGAUCAGUGUGGGACAGCUUUUACCACGUCAAGUAUUUUAAGGCGUCAUCAGCGUAUCCACACUGGAGAAAAGCCGUACAAAUGUGAUCAGUGUGGGAAAGCUUUUACCCAACAAGGUGAUCUAAGGAGUCAUCAGCGUAUUCACACUGGAGAAAAGCCUUACAGAUGUGAUCAGUGUGGGGCAGCUUUUACCCACCAAGGUCAUCUAAGGAGUCAUCAGCGUAUUCACACUGGAGAAAAGCCGUACAAAUGUGAUCAGUGUGGGGCAGCUUUUACCCGACAAGGUAAUCUAAGGAGUCAUCAGCGUAUUCACACUGGAGAAAAGCCGUACAAAUGUGAUCAGUGUGGGGCAGCUUUUACCGAACAAGGUAAUCUAAGGAGUCAUCAGCGUAUUCACACUGGAGAAAAGCCGUACAAAUGUGAUCAGUGUGGGGCAGCUUUUACCCACCAAGGUCAUCUAAUGCGUCAUCAGCGUAUUGACACUGGAGAAAAGCCGUACAAAUGUGAUCAGUGUGGGCGAGCUUUCACCCAACAAGGUGAUCUAAGGAGUCAUCAGCGUAUUCACACUGGAGAAAAGCCGUACAAAUGUGAUCAGUGUGGGGCAGCUUUUACCCACCAAGGUCAUCUAAGGAGUCAUCAGCGUAUUCACACUGGAGAAAAGCCUUACAAAUGUGAUCAGUGUGGGGCAGCUUUUACCAUGUCAGGUCAUCUAAGGAGUCAUCAGCGUAUUCACACUGGGGAUAAGCCUUACAGAUGUGAUCAGUGUGAGGCAGCUUUUACCUUGUCAGGUGAUCUAAGGUGUCAUCAGCGUAUUCACACUGGAUUUAAGCCUUACAGAUGUGAUCAGUGCGGGGCAGCUUUUACCAUGUCAGGUCAUCUAAGGCGUCAUCAGCGUAUUCACACUGGAGAGAAGCCUUACAGAUGUGAUCAGUGUGGGGCAGCUUUUACUCAACAAGGACAGCUAAGGAGUCAUCAGCGUAUUCACACUAGAUAAAAAAUUAUGUCUGUGAUCAGUGUGGGGCAGCUUUUACUUGGAGAGCUCAGUUAAACCAAUUUAGUACCAAUUUAGACAUAUUAUGUUGUUCUGAAAAAAAGAACUGGAGUUUUGUUUUCAGUUUCAACUGGAAAAUGUGUUUAAAUUUGAUAAUU